GUAAAGAUUAAGAGGAUCAUAAACUGCGUGCAGCGGCUGCCCCGGGAGAAAUCUCCUCAAGCCAGAGCCUGUGCUGUGAGGGGCUUCGGGACCUUGGGGCAGCUCCUGAGUUCAGACAGAGUUCAGGCAGGGAGACAGAGAGGAGAGGUGGAGACCCACAGAGAGACACAGAUACAGGGAGAGAGACGAAGGCAGAGGGGGCUGCCAGGGAGAGGGAGGAGCAGAGAGAGAAGAGAGACGGGGGCACAGAGAGACAGAGGUUCAUGGACUGAGGCAAAGGCUGGGCCCGGCUCAGCAACCCAGGCCUCCUGCAGGCAGGGAGAGGCUGCCCUGGAACACACCGAGACCGGAUCAACAGCUCUGAUGAGCUCCACAGUGGCUGCAGCUGCGCCUGCAGCUGGGGCUGCUUCUAGAAAGGAGUCUCCAGGCAGGUGGGGCCUGGGGGAGGAUCCGACAGGCGUGAGCCCCUCGCUCCAGUGCCGCGUGUGUGGAGACAGCAGCAGCGGGAAGCACUAUGGCAUCUAUGCCUGCAACGGCUGCAGUGGCUUCUUCAAGAGGAGCGUGCGGCGGAGGCUCAUCUACAGGUGCCAGGUGGGGGCAGGGAUGUGCCCCGUGGACAAGGCCCAUCGCAACCAGUGCCAGGCCUGCCGGCUGAAGAAGUGCCUGCAAGCGGGCAUGAACCAGGACGCCGUGCAGAACGAGCGCCAGCCGCGAAGCACAGCCCAGGUCCGCCUGGACAGCAUGGAGUCCAACACUGAGCCCCGGCCGGAGUCCCUGGUGGCUCCCCCGGCCCUGGCAGGGCCCAGCCCACGGGGCCCCACGCCCAUGUCUGCAGCCAGAGCCCUGGGCCACCACUUCAUGGCCAGCCUUAUAACAGCUGAAACCUGUGCUAAGCUGGAACCAGAGGAUGCUGAUGAGAAUAUUGAUGUCACCAGCAAUGACCCUGAGUUCCCCUCCUCUCCAUACUCCUCUUCCUCCCCCUGUGGCCUGGACAGCAUCCAUGAGACCUCAGCUCGCCUGCUCUUCAUGGCCGUCAAGUGGGCCAAGAACCUGCCUGUGUUCUGUAGCCUGCCCUUCCGGGAUCAGGUGAUCCUGCUGGAAGAGGCGUGGAGUGAACUCUUUCUCCUCGGGGCCAUCCAGUGGUCUCUGCCUCUGGAUAGCUGUCCUCUGCUGGCACCGCCCGAGGCCUCUGCUGCCGGUGGUGCCCAGGGCCGGCUCACUCUGGCCAGCAUGGAGACGCGUGUGCUGCGGGAAACUAUCUCUCGGUUCCGGGCAUUGGCGGUGGACCCCACGGAGUUCGCCUGCAUGAAGGCCUUGGUCCUCUUCAAGCCAGAGACACGGGGCCUGAAGGAUCCUGAGCACGUAGAGGCCUUGCAGGACCAGUCCCAAGUGAUGCUGAGCCAGCACAGCAAGGCCCACCACCCCAGCCAGCCCGUGAGGUUUGGGAAAUUGCUCCUGCUCCUCCCGUCUUUGAGGUUUAUCACUGCAGAACGCAUCGAGCUCCUGUUUUUCCGCAAGACCAUAGGGAAUACUCCAAUGGAGAAGCUCCUUUGUGAUAUGUUCAAAAACUAGUGGGGGUGGAGGUGAAAUGUUUCCAAGCACUCUGGAAAACAAUCUACUGAAACAAAACAUUCGCCUACUCUUUCCCCAGCAAUUCCUUGUAGGUGUGUGUACCCAGCAGAGAUGCACACUGAAAGAUAUUGUAAGAAUAUUCAUAGCAGCUUUAUUCAUAAUAGCCCCAAACUGUAUAUUGAUGGUAGGAUGAAUUAACAAAUUGUGGUAUAUUCAUAUAAUGAAAAAUAAUUUAAAAAUGAAUUACGGAUACAUGUGGCAACACAGGUAAAUGUCACAGACAUAAAAGUUGAAUGAAAGAAGCCAGGCAGAAGUUCCAUUUAUGCAGAGUUCAGGAACAGGCAAGACUAACUGACAAUAAUAGAAGUUGGAAUAGUGGUUACUUCUGGGUGG